CCAAUUCAAUCGCAGAAAUCUUGCGAAGGGAGGCAGAGAGAGAGCAGGAGAAUCGGAAGGGGGAGCAAUAAGAUGCAGUCAUCGGAGUCGAGGUUCCUCCAGGAGCUCAUACUCUAUGCAGCGAGUGCAGUGCUGAGUUCUCUUGUCAUCUUCAUUGGGUUGCGGCAACUUGACCCUGAUCGCGCCGACGGCAAGAAGGCCCUCAAGCACAAGAAGGAGAUCGCCAAGCGCCUCGGCCGCCCUCUCAUCCAUACGAACCAAUACGAGGAUGUAAUAGCUUGUGAUGUUAUAAAUCCUGAUAACAUUGAUAUUGAAUUUGAGUGUAUUGGUGGUUUAGAACAUGUCAAGCAAGCACUAUUUGAAUUGGUCAUUCUUCCACUUCGUAGACCCCAGUUGUUUUCACAAGGAAAACUUCUUAGCCCACAAAAGGGAGUUCUGUUGUAUGGUCCACCUGGAACAGGAAAGACAAUGUUAGCCAAGGCUUUAGCAAAAGAGUCUGGUGCAGUUUUUAUUAAUGUGAGGAUCUCAAAUUUGAUGAGCAAAUGGUUUGGGGAUGCUCAGAAACUUGUUUCUGCUGUUUUUACCCUUGCUUAUAAGCUACAACCUGCUAUCAUUUUCAUUGAUGAGGUGGAUAGUUUUUUGGGUCAGCGACAGCAAACAGAUCUUGAAGCAUUGACUAGCAUGAAAACUGAGUUCAUGUCCUUGUGGGAUGGUUUCACUACCGACCGGAAUGCUCGUGUGAUGGUUCUUGCUGCUACAAAUCGGCCAUCAGUACUAGAUGAGGCAAUACAGAGGCGGUUUACCCAAACUUUUGAAAUUGGCAUGCCUGAUCAAAGUGAGAGGGCCAAAAUACUAAAGGUGAUAGUUAAGGGUGAAAAUGUUGAAGAAAACAUUGAUUAUGAGUACAUAGCCACCUUGUGUCAUGAUUUUAGUGGUUCAGAUUUGCUUGAUCUGUGCAAACAAGCAGCCUAUUUUCCAGUCAGAGAGUUACUCAAUGAUGAGAAGAAUGGGAUGGCAUCCAGACAGGGUCCAAGACCACUCAAACAGUCAGACUUGGAGAAAGCAUUCUUAAUCUCUCCAAAGGCCCUUAAACUAGCCAGUUUAAAAUCACCAGCAUUGUCUGCAUUCUGAGCCAGAUAAUGAUCAGAUAACCAGGGUGUUUAGGUUAUUUAUAUCCAGUUACAAGGUGAUCAAGCCCAUCUCUAAUGCGUGAGCAAGCUACCCCAAUCCAGGAACAGAUCUGUUUUCUUCACGUUUGCAUUGACUACUAAAUAUCCAUCUUCUUUGGCUUAUUUGUAAAGCUCAUCGAAUUGUAUCAUAUCAUUUUUUGUGUCUGAAUAUUCUUUAGCGGGUAGGAUAUAUGAAUGACUAGACAUCAUAGUUUGAUUUUUUUUUAGGGAAAUAUUGUAGAUACAAUUUCUUAAUUGACAAGAUACAAUGGUUUCAGCGUUUGUUUU